UUAAGCAACGAAUCAACGCAAGACGAUGAUUCUAUUGAAAGCAAUCUAUGUAUAAGGAAAAACGUGAUACUCCGCGUCAUGACGUCAUCUAAGAAGCAGACAAUCGAGGGUUUCGGAGGCUCUGUGACCGACGCCGCCGGUAUCAAUUGGCGCAAACUAUCUGCUGCGGCGCAAAAGCAACUCAUGAAUACAUACUUCGGACCCGAGGGCUUAGAGUACAAUUUGAUCCGCGUGCCAAUAGCUGGCGCUGACUUCUCUACUCACCCCUACACAUACAACGAGCUCCCGUGGAAUGACGCCGCUCUAACUAACUACUCCCUCAGCCGAGAGGACUUUGAUUAUAAGAUCCCGAUGAUAGAGAUGGCGAAGGCGAUGGCAACUGACGAAGUUAAAAUAACGGCGACAGCUUGGUCAUCACCUAUUUGGAUGAAGACCAACGAGGCCAUCACCGGUUUCGGACAAAUUAAACCAGAAUUCUAUCAGUCUUAUGCCGAUUAUCAUCUGCGUUUCCUCGAAGAGUAUGAAAAAUUCAACAUAAAAAUCUGGGCUAUCACCACCACCAACGAGCCCAUCAAUGGCGUCGUACCAACCGUCAAGUUCAAUUCUUUGGGCUGGUUCCCAAGACAACUAGGACGAUGGGUGGCGAACAAUCUGGGACCUACUGUAAGGAACUCUCGCUUUAAUGAGACAUUAAUCUUAGCAGUUGAUGACCAGCGAUACAUUAUACCAAUAUGGCUGAGAGGUAUGGAGAAAGAAGAUCCUAAAUCAAUCGAGUACAUCGACGGUAUCGCCAUACAUUACUACGGUAACUUCAUGCCGGCGACCGUUCUCACCAGGAUUCAGAAGAAGUACCCCGGCAAGAUCCUGCUCUCCACUGAAGCUUGUGAAGGUCCUAUGCCGUGGGAUAAGCACAAGGUGGAGGUCGGAUCGUGGGAUCGCGCCGCAAAGUACACGCGCAGUAUUCUGGAGGAUUUGAAUAACUUCGUUGUUGGCUGGAUAGAUUGGAACUUGUGUUUAGACGAGAACGGCGGUCCGAACUGGGCCCACAACUAUGUCGACGCCCCCGUACUUGUUUACGGCGAAAGAGAUGAAUUUAUCAAACAACCUAUGUACUACGCAUUAGGACACUUCUCUAAGUUCAUCCCGAGAGGAUCCCAAGUAGUAGAAGUAUCACGAAUGAGUUCCUCAACAGUACCAAAUAUCGCUGUUGUCACUCCCGAGGGAAAUUUGGUACUUGUGCUGCAUAAUAUGAAUAAAUACGAAACAAAUGUACGAAUCAGGAUAAGUACUCUGAGAUACGUUGAUAUUGUACUUGAACCUGAAUCCAUUAAGACUGUUGAAAUAAAUCCCAAUAACUAACUUUAUAUUUUUUUGUCAAAGACUGUAUGUACUAAAUUUAUUUAAUAAAAAUAAAAAAUUA